AUGUUUGCCGGUGUUGAUGAUAAUAUUGCACCAAUAUUUACCUAUGACUUAGAAGCAAAUAGUUUACAAGAUCCAAAUGGUAUUUAUUUCGAAGGCACUGAAUCGGGAAUUUUAGGCAGUCCAGAAGCACCUGAUCCUGCUGAUAAAAAAUGGAGCAUUGUCGGCAGUAAGCUACUUUGGGAUGGUAUAGAUGCUUUCUUUGUCUGUUCUCAAGUUGAGAAUUUGCCAAACGUUGUCCCAUACAACAUUCAAAUUAUUGAGGACCAGGGUUGUAGUCCUAUUGGAUUGUUUGUUAAAGAAGUUAGUGGAGAUGGUUCUGGAAGUUCUACGGAUGACGGCUCAGGAGGUUCUACAGACGAUGGUUCAGGAAGCUCUACAGAUGAUGGUUCUGCCAGCUCCACAGAUGAAGGCUCUGGAGGUUCUACAGACGAUGGGUCUGGUUCCUCUACGGAUGACGGUUCUGGAAGUUCUACAGACGAUGGGUCUGGUUCCUCUACGGAUCACGGUUCUGGAAGUUCUACAGACGAUGGGUCUGGCUCCUCUACGGAUGACGGUUCUGGAAGUUCUACAGAUGAUGGUUCUGGAGGUUCUACCGACACGGGAGGAUCUUCUAUUUCCUGUACUGAUCUGUUGGUUACCACCACAAUCACUACGGAAGAGCUUGUAACGUCUUUGGUGUGUCCCACCGAUUGCGAGGUCCAUACAUCAUUCGAUUUGAUAACUACAGUAGUUCUUGUUCUGAAUGGAUCAGUAACCACAGAGACUACCAGUAGUUCAAGGCUCAUUACAGAUUGUCCAGGAUGUACAAGUAGCACAGGAACAGUCACACAUACACUUACCAGUACGAUUGCUGGAGCUUGCGAUAACAGUGGAGGUACCAACAACACCAAUGGCGGCGAUGACAACAAUAGCAACGGAGGAGGUAACAACGAUAAUGGUGGAGGAAACAAUAGCGGUGGUGGAAACAACAACGGCGGCACCACCAGCAAUGGUGGCAGUACUAACAAUGGCGGUACUAACAGCAACAGUGGUAGUAAUAGUAACGGCGGUAAUUCGAAUACCAACACCAAUCUGGCAACAACUUUGGAAGGGAAUGCUGGUUCUAUCGAAUUGCAAUCAGGAUUUACUUUCUUCGGAAUUCUUUUGAUAUCCAUAUUUACUUGA